AUGACCGAAGUAUAUCGAGACAUACGAUCUCUUGAGCGGAGGAAAGCUUGUGGGAAAUUAAGUCCACUCUUCAGGGAGAUGAGGGCCUCUGCCGGGAAACAUCUCCCUCGUGCCAAUAUUGACACCCGUGAAUGGGUAAACAUUCUUACCCCAGUUAAACAAACCGCGGCUUAUCAGCUAACCGGCAGGCCGAGCGAGGCCGUCCGGGGGGCAGGGUGUCCUAGCCGAGAGUGGUCGACUGCCCCCGGACGCCCACGCUCGCCCCCGGACGCCCACGCUCGCCCCCGGACGCCCACGCUCGCCCCGACGCCCACGCUCGCCCCGACGCCCACGCUCCCCCGGACGCCCACGCUCGCCCCCGGACGCCCACGCUCGCCCACGGGACGCCCACGUUCGCCCACGUUCGCCCACGUACGCCCACGUUCGCCCACGCUCGCCCUACGCUCGCCCCCGGACGCCACGCUCGCCCCCGGACGCCCACGCUCGCCUACGCUCGCCCCGGACGCCCACGCUCGCCCCGGACGCCCCACGCUCGCCCCCACGCCCACGCUCGCCCCCGGACGCCCACGCUCGCCCGCUCGCCCCCGGACGCCCACGCUCGCCCUUCCCCGACGCCACGCUCGCCCCCGGCCGCCCACGCUAGCCCCGGACGCCCACGCUCGCCCACGCUCGCCCCCGGACGCCGCCCACGCCGCCCCCUCGCCCGCCCCACGCUCGCCCGCCCGCUCGCCCCCGGACGCCCACGCUCUCGCCCCGGGACGCCCACGCUCGCCCCCGGACGCCCACGCUCGCCCGGACGCCCACGCUCGCCCCGGACGCCCACGCUCGCCCGGACGCCCACCGCUCGCCCCGGACGCCCACGCUCGCCCCCGGGACGCCCACGCUCGCCACGGAUGCCCACGCUCGCCCCCGACCCCACGCUCGCCCCGCCCACGCUCGCCCCCGGACGCCCACGCUCGCCCCGGACCCACGCUCGCCCCGACGCCCACGCUCGCCCCCGGACGCCACGCUCGCCCCCGGACGCCCACGCUCGCCCCGGACGCCCACGCUUCGCCCCCGACGCCCACGCUCGCCGCCCGUUCCCACGCUCGCCCCGGACGCCCACGCUCGCCCCGGACGCCCACGCUCGCCCCGGACGCCCCGCUCGCCCCCUCGCCCCACGCUCGCCCGGACGCCCACGGCUCGCCCCUGGACGCCCACGCUCCCCCCCGGACGCCCCACGCUCGCCCCCGGACGCCCACGCUCGCCCCCGACGCCCACGCUCGGACGCCCGGACGCCACGCUCGCCCCGGACGCCCACGCUCGCCCCCGGACGCCACGCUCGCCCCCGGACGCCCACGCUCGCCCCGGACGCCCACGCUCGCCCCCGGGCGCCCACGCUCGCCCCGACGCCCGCGCUCGCCCCCCCGGACGCCCACGCUCGCCCCCCGGACGCGCUCGCCCCGCUCGCCCACGCUCGCCCCGGACGCCCACGCUCGCCCCCUCGACGCCCACGCUCGCCCACGCUCCCCGGACGCCCACGCUCGCCCCCGGACGCCCACGCGCCCCGGACGCACGCCCCUCGACCCCGGACGCCCACGCUCGCCCCCGGACGCCCACGCUCGACGCCCGGACGCCCACGCUCGCCCCCGGACGCCCCACGCCCCGGACGCCCACGCUCCCAGCCACGCCCAGACGCCCACGCUCGCCCCUCGACGACCACGCACACCCAGCCUUGGAGAAAACCGCCUGCGCGUCCACAAGCAUCAAACAACUGCAGAGCGAGUGAGGCGACAUCUACACACGUCUCCGUCGGGCGCAAAUAUAGCACAAAACUGCUGCGAAAGUCCUCGAUAG